GACGCCUAUAAUCCACAAAGGAGUGACAGCUCGCCCGGGUACGGAAGGUACACAAGCAGGGCUGAGCCAUUGGUGACGAUCACAAGCCAGGGCUGACGCGGGCGGUGAGUGGCGAUCAUCUGCCACAUUCCCAAGGUUGUCUCAUUGACUUUGGCCCAUGUGCGUUUGCUCCUGGCACGCGGGCACACGCUGUGACUGGUUGCUUCAUGGGCACAUGUCUGCUCUUGCUAUGUGUAUAGGAUGGAGGUCAUUUGUGGAACAAAGCCGCUUGACAAUCUCGGCGUCAUCACAGAUGGCCCCAUAUCUCGAUCACUUUUCGUCGGACUCCGGGACAGUUACCGGGCUUUGUGCAGCGCGAGAAAUUGUAAGCAUUGGUAAUCGGACAACAGUGUGCCCAGUGAGCAUCCGUCUCGCAUCGUCCGAUAACCUGCGCUGGUACUCAGGCGAUAAGGCUGCAAUAGCAUGGAUCACAACUGUGGAGAGCCUGGUGCGCGACGUCUCCAUGGAGGGCAGGUGGUGCACGCUUUGUUUUGCGACAUACAUACUGAUGGAGUGGGGAGAACCGGUGAGAGCAGGACUUGGUACCGAGGGCAGUACAUUGCGCGAGGCUUUCAGUGGAUUUGAGAUGCCCAGGUGGACAAUCGAGGUCGAACAAAGAACCUCGGGAUGGGGCCAGCUGACCUCUCGAUCGUCUCUCAACACAGAGCUGUUAUCGCUGGGUGCCCAGGUGGAUCUCGUUCCUCGUCACGAAGCGAGAUGGAGCGGAGCCCUGAAGCUCUCCACAAGCACGUGACUGAAUCUGAGCUGGAGCACAAUGGUGAGGUAUCAGCAGACGCCCGGCUGCUCUGUAUCGAAAAUGUGUAUCGCGUUGGUAAUAGGAAGCGCCAGCUGGAUAUCGGCUGUUGUGUGAAGUGAAUCGCGCCCGUCAUCCACCGGCCGUGGUUGUUGCCGAUGGCGCGUACUGGCGGUCGCAAUCAACACAAGGCCUCACUGCAUUGCAAUUG